AUGGCAGGGAUCGGCACGGGGAGCGGGUCCCCUGUGAAACCUCGUGGGUGGACCAUGACUUCCCACCCCCAUGAUCAUGAUGCUGCGCAAGCUGAUGAGGAUGCAGAUGCUCAUGCUGCGGCUGAUAGCAUGGGUGAUAAUGAUGGCGAUCCUGUUGGGUAUGGUGACGACGAUGGGGUUGACGACUUGGGCCGGCACCACCACAAGGGCAAGGCUCACGAUGGCGGAAAGGCUGGAGUUACCGGUAGCGCUGCUGCUAUGCGUUCGGGCGGCGCUGGUAGCAUGGCUGAUGCUGCUGUAGCUGCUACUGCCGGCGGCAGUGGCAGCGUUGCUAAUGCUGCUGAUGCGGCUGCGGAUGGUUCAGAAGGUGGGGUUGGGGUUGUAGGCAAGGGGGGGGAGCGGUUUUGGGAGAGACCGGGGGAGGGGGGAGAGGCGGAGGGAGCAGGGGCGGAGGGGGCUGGAAGAGGGGGGAAAAGGGCGGAGCGGACGGGAGAUGUGCGCGGUGGUGGGGAGAAGGGGCAGCUGUCGGUGCUGCUGGCGAGCGGAGGGUUUUGGGGAGCGGAAGAGGAGGAGGAGGAGGAAGAGGAGGUUGGGGCAGGGGAGGAGGGGAGUGAACGAGCGAGAGUAAGACGAAGAGCAGGCAUUGGAGGGACGGCAGGUGAUGGUGGGGAAAUGGGAGAGGGUGGGGAUGGGGAAGAGGGAGGGCAGGACGGAGGGGAAGGAGGGGCGGGGAAGAGAAGAAGGCACGAGUGGGAGCAGGACGAAACGAACGGGGGACGACACGAGGGGGGGUAUCGCGGGAGAGGGGGCAGGGGCGGCGGAAGGGGCGGGCGGGACGACUGGCGCGGGAGAGGAAGAGGGGGCGGGGGAGGCGGAGGCGGAGGGGGGGGUCAUAGACGGCGCAUGGAAGCGGGACCCUCGCGCGUGUCCGUACCUUGCAAGUUCUAUUUGGGUGGGCGCUGCAGCAAGGGAGCGUCUUGCCCCUUCCCCCACACAGGCGUUCCGCGGACCAAGAACGAGCCGUGCAAGUUCCAUGUAACGAAUUCGUGCCUUAAGGGGGAUGAGUGCCCGUUCUCCCACGACUUGGCGCGCUUCCCCUGCAAGUACUUCCACGUGGGCACGGGGUGCUUGGACGGGGAGAGGUGCAGAUUCUCCCAUGGGAGUGCCGAGGAGAGGGAGUUGGUGCGGCUGAGAGAGAUUUGGCAGAGGGACAGGCCUAGGGGCGCGGCGGGGGAGAGGCAGGGGUUCAGAGAGGUGGAGAGGGGGAAGGAGGGGUUCAGGGAUGGGGUUGGGGGAGCGGGCGGGAGAAGGAUGGCUGGUGCUGGUGGCAGUGUGGGGGUUGGUGGCGUUAGUGGUGCUGGUGCUGCUGGUGCUGGUGCUGGUGGUACCGCUGUUGGUGGUGUUGCUGCCGAUCUUCCUGUUGGUGGUCGGGCAGGGAGGGGAACAUGGAUGGUUAAGGUUGAGGGCAGCGCGGACAGGGGGGAGAGGCUGGGCGGGAUGGGAUCAGAUGGGCGGAAGGCUGGGGGCAUGGGGGCAGAUGCGCGGGCGGAUGGGGGCAUGGGCCAAGAUGGGCGGAAGGAAGGGGGCAUGAUUGGAGACGGGCAGAAAGAAGGCGAGGAAUGCACGGAUCAGCGGGGUGGUGAUGGGAGAGGGAAGGAGGGCGGAUUGGGUGCUGUUUUGGGCAGCAGGGCGAAUGAGGAGGAGGACGACGAGGAGGAGGAUGACGAUGAGGAAGAAGGCAGUGCCCUGGAUCCCUAUGGUGCUGCUGGGUCAGGGCCAGGCACCCAUCCAUAUGGGGCUCAUGGGGGCGACACAGACCCAUACGGGGCUCAUACGGGCAGCACAGACCCAUACGGGGCUAGCGGGGGUGAUGCAGACCCGUAUGGUGUUGGUGGGGGAGGGCCAGGGGCAGCAUCAGCAUCGGUGCAUGAUUUUCUGGCACGGGCAGCUGAGUUCUUUGCCGAUGGGGGGUCGGGAGGAGAGGGGGAUGCGGAUGCGCCUAUGUAUGGCAGGAUGGAGUAUAUUGGGGAGGCGGGUGGGGGAGGUGGGCCACGAUAUGCGCCUGACUAUGCAGCAGAUGGGGAUAGAGCUUCGUAUGCACCUGAUUAUGCUGGAGAUGGGGAGUUAGCAGCCGGUGGGGUGAAUGUCUUAUAUGCGCCUGAUUAUGCUGGAGGGGAGGGUGUACCCCGAUACAGCAGCACGGGGUAUGAGGGCGAAGCAGGAGGGUAUAAGGCAGCGCACGAUCUUUACUCUUGGAAACAUGCUAAAGAGGAGGCGAGGGAGGAAGAGGAGGAGGAGGAAGAGGAGAAGCAGCAGGAGGGUAAUGUGGGGCGAGAAAUUGCAGCCAUUGGGGAGGUUGAGAAGAGGUCAACAGGGAUUACAGAGGCGUUGGCUUAUAGGAAGAAUGGAAUAUUCAGUAGCGAGGAUGCUGGUUCUGAGAGGACGGGCCGAGCGAGAGCGAAUGUUGCAUCGCUAUUGAGCCAAGUGCUAGAUAACGAAGCACACGGCGACGACGCGGAGGAGGAUUGGCCGGAGAACGGCCAGGACGAUAGCGCUUCGGGCGACGAAUUAAGUCCUGCCGACAUUGAGGAGGACGAAUGGUGGAAUCAGCCGGUCGGGAGCGACGACGAGGUGGAAGAGUGGCGGGCUGGUGAUUCUGACAACGACGGAGGUGACGAAGCUGACGGUGACAACGCGGAGGCACAGGAAGCGGCGGUGGAUGCUAACGAGCGUGCCGACGAGGCGGACGCGGUGGCGGAGGCGGAAGGCUCCAACGACGACCCGUGGGGCCUUGGGACAGACGACGACGUUCCGCUACUGAAGCGGAGGCUGCGCCAUCGCCUACAGUCCACGACGAAGCGCACCUGCGUGGUGCUCUCUGACGACGACAGUCCCGGGGAGGAGCGUCGGCCGAUACUCACCGCCGCGGAGAAGGGAAAGGCAAAGGUCGUGGAAACCCCUGCUAAGUCCCCUGCUAAGGCCCCUGCUCGUCGCCGCACAAGCAACAAGAAGCGCAAGGACGACAGAGACCCAGGAUCCAGCAAGGGUGUGGUUAAGAAAAAGGCGAAGAAGGCGCCGAAUCCUGACGACAUCAUCGUGAACGAGGCGUUGGGCAGCGACGAUGAGUACGCGGCGGCGGCGGCCCCGAUUCCCACGUUCCCUGAGAAGGUCACGCCGAAGGACCCCACCCUCCAUAUUCCCAACACCCGCCCACCUUCCCCUCGCAGCAAAGACACUACGAAGAAGCGCCGCGGAUGGACCGUGCGUGAGAAGCUUAAGUGA